CAGUUUGCGUGCGAGCCCUGCAUUCGCGGGCACCGCCAGGCCACCUGCGCCCACACGGACCGCCCGCUGCGCGAGAUCGCUCGGCGUGGACGGCCCGUCACAGCCUGCGCCGCCUGUCGCGAGCAACGCAAGACCAACAACGCGCACCGCACCUGC